UAGACGGCGAGAGGCACACCUUGAGGUAGUGCCGUGUUCACAAAAGAACAAGGAAUGAGAGCUGCGCGCGUUUUCUGGAGAAUGGAAGCAGUGCAAGGCGUUUUAUUUGCCGCCUUGAUGUUAUCUGCACACAUUGUGCUCACCUCGCCUGUGAUUGAAAGGAGCCGGUACGCCAGGGCGUGUAAGAUGUGUCCAGCAGGUGAGUACCAGAAGUCUUGUGACGAGUGUGAACCAUGUCCUGCAGGCACCUAUACUUCUGAGCCCAACUACGAGGACAGCUGUCUCUCCUGCUUCAGAGACUGUAGACCGGACUUUCACCUUCAGGUGGUUGAGAAGUGCACCAGUAAAUCCAAUCUCAAAUGCACUUGUGAGAUUGGUUUCACGUGCAGUGACAUAGACCCACACACAAAUUACUGCAGAGAAUGUGCCAAGAUCCCCAAGAUGACUACGACCGUAAAACCGACUGCGGCCCCACUCCUGAUUUUCCGGAAUCUGAUUUCCUCCAUUCUCACCACAAGCAGACCCUGCAGGCAUCCUGACUGUGCCUCUAAUCUGGUCACACCGGCAGGAAAUGCCACAGAUCCUGUCCCAGCCAAGACAAUGCGUGAACAGGCAACCAUCUUGUCUCCACUGGUGGCCUUGGGAGUCCUUGCCUUUGUCAUCCUCUUCUGCUACCACCACCCAGAGGGUGAACUAUGUUUCAAGCGAGCUAUUUUAAACAGUUUUAAUAAGAUGGGUAAAGAUGCAUCAUCCCAUGCUAUGGAGUCAACUUAUCACAACCCCAGAGACCCAUCAGGUGCAAAGCAUCAGCCAUGCUCCCUUGCUGCCACAAACCUGGGUCCAGUCCACGUCCACAACACAGGCACGGUCGUUUUCAGCUUGCUCAGUCAGUUCACAGGCCAGGCAGAUCCAGCCAGGGAGGAGGAGAAGAGGGGAGAGACAGAGAACAAUGCAGAGGAGGAGAGAGACUGCCCCGUGUUUCAUCCCACACCCUCUCCCUGCGCCCACCUCUCUGAGGAGGAGAAGAAUGGAGAGAGUGUAUUCUUUCCCUUCCAGGAGCAGGGGAAAGACAGUCACAUGUCCAAAGAAGAGAUGCUAUGACAAAUAAAAACAAUUCCCAGAAAGAAAUCAAGGAAGCUGUGUCAGAUCCGUGUGGGGGACAAUUUAUCUGCUUUUUUCUAACCUGUGAAGGGAUUACAACCAUCCACAACCCACUGCUGACAGCCGCUCCAUGGGCGCUGGGAAAAGUCAGUGGCCAAAGCCCAUCAGAUGUUGGGUGCUGAACAAGGUCCACAGUUUGCUUGCACGUGAACUUGGACUCGAGUGGAUUUUUCACUCCCGGAGGAGCAGCGAGAGUGUAGUCUUUUUUUUUUUGUGUAAGUUAUAAGUUAUGAAACCAAAUGUACUGUACUCUUUAAUAAGCUAACUUCUUUGGCUAAAACGAGUUCGCUUGACUGAAAUGUUUAAUGGUUUUGCACAGA